UUGUGGUGAGGCAAACUUACUACAUCGGACUUCUCUCAAAUACAUUUUCCUCAUGAGCACAUUCGGGGGAGAAGAGUUUGGUUGUUGUCGAAUGUUAUCAUCUCCGGAACGACACUUUUCACUCCCUUUGGUUGAAAACAAAUCUCCAGGGGGCGCCAUUGUGCUUUAUUAUUAGUGAACGGGACUAGUUAUAGAACCUAACUGACCGACAAACAGGUGUUCCAGCUACACGUUUAUCAUAACCACAUUACCGCUUUAAAAAGUUCUUCUUUUAAGUAAUUAUUUCGAUUUUGAGUUUUACCGUAUAUGCCUUCGAGAUCAUGGUAGCUUUUGGUUAAAGGUGAAACAACUUUCCUUGGCUUUUCACCUGGCUGAGGUAAGCCGUUAAAUAUAGUUUAAUAUUUCGGUGAUUCCAAACUCAACGACUUUAACCAUCGGGCCAGUGGGGAGGCCUAAUUGCCAAAUGGAUCGAGAAACAUCGUUUAAAAGAAAUUACGCUAAUCUGGUGGUGACACGUGUGGUGAAUGAGGAGCAAGGAGACUUAAUGACAGGGAGACAUGUCAGAUGCUCCGAAUCGCUUCGGGGAGAGCACGAUGACAGAACUGCACCAUUUCGCGGUAGAAAAGGUAGAGGCCCGCACAAGGGUCGGUCAUAUGACCGUUCUCGUAGAGAUCGCCAGCGAGGGGGUCACCCGGGAGGUGGCUUUGGAGGUCCUGGUCCACGGUCUAGGCUUGAAGAAAAUGAUGGCGAUGUAAACAUGAGUGACACUUCCCAGGACAACGCUAACCAACACAGAUUCAACCCAUAUGUAAGACCGCCCCGCAAAGGGGAAGGACGGUUUGAACGAGACCGGCGUCAGGGUAAAGGAGGAAGGGGUGGCAGAGGAGCAGGAGGACGUGGUGGGGGUGGCUUUAGAGAAAGAGGUGGAGCGGGUGGCAGUGGUGGAGGAAAAAACCAGUCUGGUUGGUCCAAAGUAACAAUACCACAUGGAAGAAAAUAUGACAAGAAAUGGUUAUUGUCAGCUCUUCAGAACAUCUGUUCAGUUCAGUUUUCACCUGUACAGUAUCACGUUGACCAUGACAGAGCUCAUUUCUACAUUGACGACUCCUCUGUUGCCAUUGCAUUACGUAAAUGUUCGCACAAGAUCACAGACACAGAUGGUUACAAGGUGGAGGUGCAUGUCAACUCCAGCGCCCCACCAUCUUUUCUGCUCUCUGACCUAAAGGCUGAACACCUAGAACACCUAAAGCAAUGCAUGGCAAAACGCUUUGAUGGCUCUCAGCAAGCUCUUGACCUAAACAACAUCCGGACAGAUCCAGACCUGGUGUCCCAGAAAAUCGAAGUCACCUUGAAUCGAAAGACUCACAUGGAGGCUGUAAUUACAAUAAUUGAAGAAAACAUUCCAGAGCUGACCUGCUUAAACCUAAGCAACAACCGUAUUCACAAACUGGAUGAUCUUGCUGAAUUGGCUAGAAAAGUGCCUAAUCUGAAGACUUUAAAUCUUUCCCACAAUGAGCUGAAGUCGGACAGAGAGCUGGACAAAUUGAAAGGCCUGAAGCUGGUGGAGCUGUGGUUGAACAGGAACCCUCUGUGUAACUACUUCAAGGACCAGGCUUUGUACAUCAGUGCUGUGCGACAGAGGUUUCCACGGCUUCUGAAACUGGAUGGUCAAGACCUCCCCCCACCUAUUGGAUUUGAUGUGGAAACACCCACCACCAUUCCUCCAUGCAAGGGCAGUCAUUUCGGCUCAGAAGAAAUCAAAGUUCUGAUCCUUCACUUUUUACAACAAUACUAUGGUAUAUACGACUCUGGGAACAGGCAGCCUCUCCUGGACGCUUACCAUGAUGGAGCAUCGUUGUCCCUGACAACGCCGUACUCCUCCCAGAAUCCAUCCAGGAGCAGUUUGGGAGAAUAUCUCAAAGACACUCGGAACCUGAAGAGGAUCAAAGAUCCCACGAUGAGAUUCCGUCUCUUGAAGCACACGCGUCUGAAUGUCGUGGCUUUCCUCAAUGAGUUGCCCAAAACCCAGCAUGACAUCACUUCCUUUACUAUAGACGUGAACACCUACACGAACACACUGCUGUCGUUCACCGUCAGUGGGGUCUUCAAAGAAGUCGCUGUUGAUGGUAAAUCCAGAGACUCCACUAUGGCCUUCUCUAGGGUUUUCAUCACAGUCCCAGCAGGAGGUUCUGGUUUGUGCAUCGUAAAUGACCAGCUUUUCAUUCGAAUGGCCACAACAGAAGAGAUCCGCCGAGCCUUCGUGGCUCCAGCUCCAACUCCGUCUUCCAGUCCUGUGCCAACCCUCACUGCACCGCAGCAGGAGAUGCUCACCGCCUUUUCACAGAAGUCUGGCAUGAACCUGGAAUGGUCCCAGAAGUGUUUGCAGGACAAUGAGUGGGACUUCAACAGAGCAGCACAAAUCUUUACUCAGUUAAAGACCAAAGGCCAGAUUCCAGACGUGGCUUUCAUAAAAUGAAGAAACGUGGAACAAGUCAACUGUGAAACUGAAACUUCAGCAAUGAUAUUUACGGCUUUUGUUUUAUCCUUUACUGUUGACUUUGGUUUUUUCUUUUAAAGAAUAUCAUAGAUAAUGUGAACUUUUGAAUUUGUUCUGUUUCAUCAGCCAAAUGUCAACAGUUAGACCAACAGUUGUUGUUGUUAAACAAUUGUCUGUCAUCAAAACCUCAGCUUUUGAUGGUUUGUACAGAAAAUCACUGUUUUGUAGAAAGGACAGAUGGCUACUUUUGUUUAUCCUAAUCUGUUUUAUUGUGUUUAACAAUAAAAAAAAAUAUUUUUUUCAAAAUGUUGGAGAGAUGGAACAUUUGAUCCUGGUACUCUUUGUUGCUCAAUUUGUUUUUGUCUGUUGCUGUACACAUGUUCAAAGUCACAGUUCCCAGUUCUCUGUGUAAAGGCUCAAUAGUUUUUUAGAAAGAUUUUAUUUUCUACAUGCAAAGCAUUUUGUCAACUUUGAAAUGUUGAGGUUCAGCAUGUGUUUAAGUGCUAAGAGAUACAUUUGCUUACGAUAUAAUGUACCUGGAGGACUGGGUGAUUAAAGUCCACAUGGUUUGAAGACAGGGUUCCCGUAGACAAACAAUCAUCUGUUUAUUUUCUCUUUGACUAAAUAAAUUGAGGUAACUGCUCA